ACCCUCUUUGAGAACGAUCUCACGAACCAUUACAACACGUAUUUUUCGUCCUACAUUAUUCGCAACAAGAACUUUUAGUUAUGCUAAACCACUUUAUCAACAAGAGGAUCAUCAAAAACUUUUAGAGUAUCAAAGGAAAAAAAGUUUAUUGAAAAAAAAAUUCGCUGACGAGUUUGCUGCUAAAAUUACUCGUCCGGCACCAUUUUGGGAAGCAAACGCUGUUGUUGAAGACGAAAUUAAAACUAUGUCGCUUAAUGACUUUGAAGAUAAAUUCUUGAUAAUGCUAUUUUAUCCAUUUGAUUUUACAUUCG